CGCAUACGAUCGAAAAGCCGAUGCCAGCGCUGUCGGCCCGCGACCGCGCGAUCCUCGAGUUCGCAUGCUGCACCUUCUACCUCCAGACCAAGCCCGGGACCGACGAGCCAGCAGCGCAGCCAGCGGCGCAGCUCGAGAUGCUGCCACCAUCGGGCAUGGCUGACGCCGCCGACGACGGUGGCUACGACGACGACUUUGGCCUGGAAGCGGACGACACCACGACUACGGUGCCAACAAGCACGCACGACGACGCGCCGACCAACUCGCUGGACGUCGACGCCGAGACGCCGCCCGAAGCGCCUCCGUCCGUGCUCGCGGAGGCCCUCAUGGAGAUGGCAGGCACGUUGCUGUACGCAGACCCUGGUUCGAUCGUGGUUCGGGAGCACUUGAUUGCAUCGCUUGCCCACCUCGCGUUCAAGACGACGGCCCGCGGCCUGCGCCCGACAAACGACUGCGAGACGAUCGUGCGUUUCUGGUGCAACUGUGUUUCUAUGGGGCUCCGAGGCGAGUACGACGACAUGGGUGCGUGGUCGACUAACUGGCUCUGGGUCCUUCGGUGCGCCGACCUCCUCCUCCUCAACGUCGCGUCCUUGGGCCUCGAGAGCGCGGCGUGGCGCACCAGCAUCGUGCGCGCGCUGGACGGUAUUUCGCAAGCCUGCCUCGGCACGCAGGACAAGGUCAUUGGCAAGGCCAUCUUUGAUUGGGUCAUGGAGCUCGCCCAAGCCUUGUGACUGCUCACUCUCGUAUUACACAAUGGCAUGGGACAUGGCGGCAAGCUUGGCCGAGUGGGCAUCGCGCCAACACAGUACCUUAACGUUAUCAUUAUUUGCAUCCAG